AUUUUGGUAUCGCCUAAAACCGGAGCAUUGUGCAUCUUCCUUCUCAUCUCUGCCGCUGAUCUCUGCGUUGAUUAUCUCCGUGUUAAGCUCUGGUGCAUCUCCGUACUCACCUCUGCCUAAAAUCGUAACGUUGAACAUCUCCCUAUUCAUCUCUGUCAAGAGUGAGGGACACAGCGGAGGGUCUAUAAUCCACUGUGAGAUAACGUUUUCUGUAGAAAUGAGCAAACAGCAGAAACCGUGAUUUAACGAAACGAUAUUGAGAACGAGUACAAACCUUCUGUGAUAUGAUCGAAUUUUUACAAGCGUCGCGUAAUUCGUGGCAUAAUUUGCACAGCUGAUCGCACGACAUCGGUCUCAGGGAAUUCUCUUCCUACGUAUCUGGAAUAGAUUAGCAGACGUACGAUGGCUGGAUUUGUGCUCAGAGUCAAGACAAAAUCGGGUCAGAAGGUUGUGAACGGAUUGACUCUACAAGACAAAAUAUCGGAAUUAAAGGCCAAGCUCUCUGAACUUACGGGAAUAUCUAGCAAGUCUCUUCACGUUCUCGCUGGAUUUCCACCUAAGGCUGUUGAUCUUUCUAAAGAAGCUGCUACUUUGGAAGAGAGUGGUAUAUUGUCUGGUGAUACUUUGAUUGUGGAGGAGAAACUAACUGUUUGUAAUGGAGAGGAGAAACCUGAAGAGAUACCUCGGUCUCAUAUCGUUAACUCUGAAAACAUUGUUGAAAGUCCUGGUGUAUUGAUGAAGAAAAUUGUGCCUGCUGAUAAUUCUUGCCUAUUUACCAGUAUCGGUUAUGUCCUUAACGGGAAAGUGGAUCUUACCUGUGCAAGCUUUAUGAGGGAGAUUAUAGCCAAUACAGUUGCUGCGGAUCAAGAAGAAUAUUCAGAAGCAAUUUUGGGCAGACCUAACCUAGAAUACUGCAAUUGGAUCCAAAAACCUGAAUCUUGGGGAGGGGCUAUUGAACUCUCUAUCCUUUCUAGAUUCUUUGGCAUAGAAAUUGUUGUGGUGGAUAGUAUCAAUGCUAUUAUAAAUAGGUUUGGAGAAGAUCAGCAGUAUGCUCACAGGGUCUUCCUAAUUUUUGAUGGCAUUCAUUAUGAUCCCUUGUACCUGGAACCUCUUGAUCGUGGCAGUAUUCAAACAUUAUUCCCAGCUAAUAAUGAGAGAUUACUAGAGGAAGCCACACAAUUGGCAAAAGAAGCGAAAUCUAGUCGUCAAUAUACAGAUGUGCAAAAAUUCACACUCAAGUGUAUGGUCUGCAAUGUCAUGCUCAGUGGACAAGUCGCUGCACAGCAACAUGCAAAAGAUACUGGACAUACAAGUUUUGGAGAGGUAGCUGCCUAGCGUCAUAACCUUGUCAGUUCACAACAUAGAACACGUUCUACUAUUAGACUGUUGUCUGAUAUCCCAAUAAUCAAAUGUUCCUAGCAUGAGGUUCGAAAGUUUCUUCAACUAGCGACAUUAAUAUUGAGAAUAAAAUAUAAACCCGUAACUUUCCACGAUAAUAAUAAAAAUAAAUUAGACCAUUAAAGAGUAGUGACUGUACAGCUCGCCAUGAAUGUGAUUCUGAUUUUGAUUUCGAUUAAGCCGAUUACACAUCUGCGGUCUUUGGACGUAAUUGUCAAAUAGAAUUAUUUAUAAUUGGCAAUGACAUUAAGAAUCUGUUCCACUCUACAUUCAAUUAUGUCUGAUGGAAAUAAAAAGUAGUUUGCAAUAUAACGAUAAUAGGAUUUCUUAGAAAGCUGGUUGCGCAUUCAAUUAAAUAUUUCAGUGUAGACCUACACAUAUUUUUUUGCAACCACAAUAUUAAUCGCGUAUUCAGGGGAGGGGGAACGUGAAGAUUUUACUUAAAAUCAUAAAAUUCUGUAACUAGUAUCAGCCAACUGUGAUAUUCGAUUCGAUAAUUCUACCAAAUGUUCCUCUGUAAGGUAACAGACUAUGGGCUAUCUUGGUACGAUUACUGGGCAUAUUUUCAGUAUAAAAUUUACACGUUCCACGUUUCCUAUAAUCAGGUAAAUCGAAAAAUUAUACGUGAACGUUCAAUAACCCCCAUAAUGGAUUAGGCAUCUAUAUUGAGUGUUCUUUUUAAUGGUAAAUAAACAAUUUUUAUUCGCGCACCUGCUAUUCUUGAGGAGUACAUAGAUAGACUGUAAGCGCUAAUUUGCGCAAGAUUUAUCAAGAUUAGAAUUGAGAGGUGGAUGGUUUAAGAAAUUGGAAUAAUUGUCCCUCUUAUUCUAAUUGGUAAAUUAAUUUUUUUCUUAUCAAUUCGCUUCUAACGAUCGGUAAAAUUUUUAUAGUAGCUCAAUUAAUGCGAAAGACGUUUUUUAUUUAAAUCAUAAUUUUUCGCUCAAAAAAUUUUAAUGGAACAUACAUUUACAACACAGAUAUUUACGUGAAAUAAUACGCAAAAAAGAGUUCAUAAGACUUUUGCCUACAACUUCUAAAAUUCAAUUAAUCAAUUUAGGCGAUUUUACGCGUUUCAAUGAUUUUUUGUCAAUCACAAUGUGGAAACGUGAAAUGAGAUAUUUACGCAUUGCACAUUAACGCCGAUUUUAAUAGUUCUUGCAUUUUAAACAAUUUGUUUGUAAUCUGCGAUGUGAAUUAAUAAAGACUGAGGCAAGAUCA